AUGGAUCUCAGAUCACAAAGGGCGUUAGCGGCUGUAUUAUGCAAGGGAUCACAAUCUGUUAGGGAUCAACCAAUCAAUCAGUGGACGAGUGGUUUGGUUGAAAGUCGUUUAAAGCUGUUAGAGUCUUACUGGGCCAAUUUUCAAGGCAACCACGUGUCCCUUCUUGCAGAAAUAGGAGAGGACGCUGACAACGACCCCUACUUUCAGGAAGAUGUCUAUCAUCAAGCAGAGAAUGACUAUGUAACUACCAGAGGUUACCUUUUUGACAUUCAAUCACGACUCAGAGUUAAUCAAAGCGGCUCAGAACAGUUUUCCAGUCACUCAGCUGUCAUUUCAAGUCACACCAGAUUACCAAGAAUAACUGUACCCCCAUUUAAUGGCGAUCGGCAGCAGUGGGAAUCUUUUAAGGAUAUGUUCAGGUCUUUAAUCCACUCUGACCCCACAUUAAAGGAUGUUGACAAAUUAUACUAUUUGAAAACUCUUGUUUCUGGCGAAGCUCUCUCUGCUAUACAGUCUAUUCCAAUAACGGCAGACAAUUACGCCAUCGCAUGGUCCGCCCUGGAAUCAAGAUUCGACAACAUAUAUCUUCUUGUACAGAGUCAUUUACUGAGUUUGAAGAGAAUGCGUUCCAUCAAAGAGGAAUCACAAGCCGAACUCCAGAGACUAUCUGACGAUCUACGACGUCACCGAGAACAAUUACGGUCUUUAAAACGUCCAGUUGAACAAUGGGAUGACUGGUUCGUGUCAAUCGCCUCAGAUUGUAUGGAUCGAGUAACAAGACGUGAUUGGGAAGAGGAACUGCAACGUCUAUCACCAGAGAAUAGUGCAUCAUUCUUUCCCUCCUUCACACAAUUGGACGCAUUUCUACAAAGACGAUGCCGAACCUUGAAAUCACUUGAUCUAACACGAGGAAAACCAUCAUCUUCAUCAUCUCGAUCCAGCGGUCAUUCUAGUGGAUCAUCAUCGAGAAAUGCAACAGUAGCCGCUACCACUACAUCAAAAUGCGAAGCUUGCGAUGGUUCACAUUACAUCGGCCGCUGUCCAACCACUUAUCAUCAACAUGUCCAUCAUCUCGGACUUGUCGAACAUGUCAAAAAUCCCAUCAUUCACUGCUUGCUUCACGAUACAUCGGGAAAACGACCUGCAAAGUUCAAUCAAAGCGGUGAAAGUGCAAAAAAGAAAUCGCGACUUUCAGAUGAGGAAUCACGCAAAGAGCUAGACGGUCCAUCAUCUUGA